GCCGGUGUACACCCUCUCUUAUCGUAUACUAUCAUACCAUCAGUAACGACUUCUUCACUAUAAGAUAUACAUAGUUCUUGGAGGUAUCUGUUACCUGUAGCUCAGGUAAUAAUUUACUGUGGAUUAAAUCAUAAAUUCUUUAAUAAGUUAUAUGGAUGAUAUCCUAUUAUCUUCACCAUUGGGUUUCUCCGCAUACUCAUAAAAAUAACAAUGGACCCGCUCCAAUGAGCCUUAGGACCAACUCAACUGGAAAAGCAGUCGCUUAAACAGAUUGUUCAUAGACUCUGAGACUGACAGUCGUGAAAAGUGCUUGGAUAAUGUGAACGCCAGGAAUUUAGCGAUUUUUUUUCAGUUCAGAGAAAUGUAAUCCAUGGGAGCUUGUCAUGUAUUGGACUAAUGUGUUGACUUUAACUACGCUAUUGAAUUUGGUGGUCACAACAACAGCCGGAUACUGGUCUGACUGGAGCGAGUGGAGUGUUUGUUCAAGAUCUUGUGGUGGCGGAGUAACGUAUCGUCUGCGACAGUGUCUCUAUAGGAACGAAUUCAGUUCAACAAGAAAGGCUUGUUCUGGAAGGAAUAUAAAGUACAAAACCUGCAACAACAAGCCAUGUGAAAAAGGUGCUAUAAGUUUAAGAAGUUUACAGUGCAGUUCCCAUAACGACGAGGCUCUAUACGGAAGAAAGCUGACAUGGAUUCCUCACCAUGACCCUCUACGACCAUGUUCCUUGUAUUGCAAGGCUAAUGGAACCGAUAUCGUCCACUUGUUUUCUCCAAAAGUCCUUGACGGUACUCGAUGUCGCCCGACCGGUCUCGAUAUGUGUAUCAACGGAGAAUGCUGGACCGUUGGAUGUGACCGUGUUCUCAAUUCCACUAAAGUUAAAGACAAGUGUGGGGUAUGUGAAGGUGAUGGGAUAUGUAGAAGACGUAGUCGACGAUUUGAUUGGUUGUCCACCGGGUUUGGUAGAUGUUCCUCUUCCUGUGGUGUAGGUGUGAAACAAACCCAUUUUGUUUGCCGUAACAAGAGAAAUAAGAGGGUUGUGUCAAACAAAUGGUGUACAAAGAAUAAAAGGCCUAUACCACAACGAGAAGAAUGUUACCUACAGCCCUGCCCACCAAGCAUUUUCAAUUGGCGGGUUGGCCCGUGGAGUGAUUGUUCUACUACGUGCAAUGGCGGAUAUUCAUGGCGGGCUGUUAUAUGUAUAGAAAUGUUUGCUAAUGCUACUGAGAUAGAAGUUGAGGGAACACUUUGUGGGCAUCCGAAGCCAUCUAACAGAAAGUCAUGUAAUACCCAAGUCUGCCCAACCUGGUAUGCUGGGGAAUGGUCACCUUGUAGUGGUAGUUGUGGAGUUGGCUACCAGAGAAGAGAAGUACAAUGUCGACACACAGGAGAACAAUUCUGUGAUUUUUCACUGGCUCCUUUGGCCUACAGAAACUGUUCAACGAGUAUUCCAUGUAGACAAAAUGCCGGUAACCAAAAUGAUGGCUACGUUGCAGCUCUACAGGGAUCAGAUAUAAAGUCUGACAAGUUUAUUGUUAACCAGAAUGAGGUUCUAUCAGGAGUUAAUCUGGCAUUAGAAAAGACAAAUAAUAGCGAUGAUCAACUCAAGACCCCAAAAUUUGUAGUAACGGAAUGGAGCCCAUGCAGUGCUACAUGCGAAAGUGGUAGUCGAUGGAGGCAUGUUCGUUGUAAAGUGUAUUUACCAUUUCUUAAAAGUACAGUUGAUCUCCCUGAUAGUGAUUGUUCAGGUGAUAAGCCAAUUUCUACAGAAAUUUGUUUCACAAAGCCCUGUUAUGAGGAUUACGAGUACAGGGCUCUUGGUAUGACAGAUUGUAGCAGAAGUUGUCUUGGAGGUGUCCAAGAGACAAUAGUGAAAUGUGUGCAUAAACAAACAGGCAAAGUCGUUUCAAGCAAGAAAUGUUUAGAAGCCCUUUCCAUUCCAAGUGAAAGAAAAGUAUGCAAUGAUAAAAAUUGUCCACAGAGGUGGAGAACAGGUGUAUUUAAUAAGUGUUCAGAAUCAUGUGGUGGUGGCUUAAUGACGAGACCAGUAGACUGUAUUCAAGAAUUUGCAACCGGUCCCGAUAGUAUCUUACGGUUACCUGAUUUUAUGUGUUCUGAUGGUAAACCACAGACUGAGAGACGUUGUAAUGUAAUAGAAUGUCCACCAAUUUGGGGAAUUGGAAAUUGGUCAAAGUGUUCCGUUACAUGUGGAAGUGGAUCUCGAACAAGAAAUGUGUACUGUACAAAGACUCUGGCUACAGGCCAGUUUAUAAACACUACUGAUUAUUUUUGUAAUGGAUUACCUAAGCCAGACAGUUUCCUUGAAUGUAAAUUACCAGCUUGUCCGAAACCAAUCAUCAAAACAACAGAGGCACAUUUCUUUCAACUAAAUAAAUUACGGAAAGUGAAAUUAAAAAUAGGAAUGCAAGGAUCGCUUUUACCUGGCACUAGCCUCAUAAUUCAUUGUCCUACAAAGGGUAUUGAUAAACGAACAAUUACUUGGUACAAGGAUGGAAUGCCUCUUCCUAUUGGUCGACGCGUCAGGUUAUCGAAGAAACGUUCUCUCAAAAUUAAAAAAUCAAAAGGAGACUUAGAUAAUGGUCUUUACACUUGUAAAGCGGGUUCUUUACAAGCAAAUACAUUUAUUAAAUUUAUAACUGUGUACGAUAUCUUCGACGCUACCGUAUUUAGAGAGAAAUUUCUAUCUCAUUUAUCUGAAUCACGUCUUAGAGAAAAUGCGUCUGCAAUUGUAUAUAAGGAUCCAAUUGACAGAACUCAUAAACUUUUACAUCUUGUAUAUAGUAAAUGGCAGCAUUGUUCGGUUUCCUGCGGAGGAGGCCUGCAGGCUAGAAAUGUAAGUUGUGAGAUUAUAACUAAAGACUAUUUUGAGGAGUUCCCCAUGAAGUCUUGUAUUAAAGCCGGACACACACAACCUUCAGUUAUUAGGAGCUGUAAUAUACAGCCAUGUGUAGAAUGGAAGACUGCUGACUGGGGUGAGUGUUCAGACAGGCAUUGUGUACGUAAACAUAUAUCUAUGCAGACCCGUAAGAUACACUGUACAAAUCCAAUGGAUGGAUCUCAUGUUAACGACAGUUUAUGCAAUGACUUGCCUAAGAAUCCAGUCGUUAAGCAAGAAUGUGUGAAUGAGAAUUGUACAACACGGUGGAAUGUUUCUUCGUGGUCAGAGUGUAUGGGCGAAUGCGAAAAGAAAGGUUCCGUUGUCCGUAUGAUAACCUGCAUAUGGACGAAUUCUGGGUUGCCAGCUGGACAGUUUUGCAAUCAUCUACCUCAACCUAACACUCGAAAACACUGUCAAAUGCCGAAAUGCAAACCGAAAUGUACCGAUUACUCGACAUAUUGUAGCAUGGCAAAAUUAAUGAAUCUGUGCCGAUACAAAAGUUUUAAGAGAAAGUGUUGCUUAACUUGUGUUGCAUUACCAUAAUAGUGUACAUUAAAUUUUAUAAACUUAAAUCAUUUCUGUACUUUAUUGUGCAUUUGUUACAUGUAUUUAUGUAAAUAUAGAAAAAAAUGACUUCCCGUCAAUGAAUAUGAACUGUAUAUUUCUGUUGAGAUUAUUUAUAUGUAUUUUGAUACAAUGUAAUGAAUUCAUACUUGUCAAUUAGAAUUGUCUUAUAAAAGGGUGCAGUUGAUGCUUUCCUAAUAGAAUCACUUUAGUUCAUCGCCAGUUGUUUUAGUGAUUCAUUCGUACAAUGGGUUAUAGACUGUUGUUUGUGUUUUCAAUCUCUAAGCAUGGUGUUGUGUAUCCUUUUCGGAAAUGCGACUUCCAUAGUGCACUUGAUAUCUAACUUGUCCAUCAAAACAUGAGAAAAACAUAAAGCAACGAUGACAUUAAUGCGGUAUGCAAUUCACUAUAGCUAUUAUGUCGGGAGAAUGCAUUGUUAGGAAAUUGUUCUUUCGGCUUAUUUUUAUUUGAUCCUCAAUUCAGUUGUUCAAAAUAUUUUCCUGGUAAAUGAGUAUUCGAGGUGAGGACUGUCAAUAUCCUAAAACUACAUAUCGUCUGAAAGUAAGUUUGUUUAUGUUAAACAAACCAAACUGUUAAGCAUGUAUUCGUAUUCUAUACAAGCCUUUAUAUAAAGAGUCCAAAAGAUGUUAUCUCAGGAAGAGGUGGUUGGUGGAAUUUAUUUGCAUCUUUUGAUUAAUGUAGCCCAGGACUUUAAAGCUGUUGCAGCUUUUCUAUCUGGAUUUUUAUGUUUUAAACAUAGUUCGCUUAUACUACAAAUGGAUUCUCAUAGACAAGAAAAAUAAGAUGUAUGAGAAAAGAAAUGUCCAAAGUGUUUUCACAACAGCUAUAAAAAAAUCAGCUUUUAAUUGAUGUUCUGUAAUGAAAUAAGAAUAUUUGAAACAUUUGUGUAUUUAUUGGCAUUAAAAAGUACAGUAAUGCAGACACAUCCAGAUCUAUUGUCGUUAUAUAGAUAAUAAAAUUGUUUAAACUU